AUGAAGAUCACCAGGCAGAAACACGCCAAGAAGCAUCUUGGCUUCUUCCGCAAUAAUUUUGGAGUCCGCGAGCCAUACCAGAUACUGCUGGACGGCACUUUCUGUCAGGCGGCGCUACGGGGCCGCAUCCAGCUGCGAGAGCAGUUGCCCCGCUACCUCAUGGCGGAGACUCAGCUGUGCACCACCAGAUGUGUAUUAAAAGAGUUGGAAACAUUGGGAAAGGACUUAUAUGGGGCAAAGCUGAUUGCCCAAAAAUGCCAGGUUCGAAAUUGUCCCCAUUUCAAGAAUGCAGUGAGUGGAUCAGAAUGUCUGCUUUCCAUGGUGGAAGAUGGAAAUCCUCACCAUUAUUUCCUGGCAACACAGGAUCAGAAUUUGUCUAUGAAAGUAAAGAAGAAGCCUGGAAUUCCCCUCAUGUUUAUCAUUCAGAACACUAUUGUCUUGGACAAACCUUCUCCCAAAGCGAUUGCGUUUGUUAGGGCCGUGGAGUCCGGUCAGCUCGUCUCAGCGCAUGAGAAACAGAGUAUCAAGCAGCUCAAAGAGGAGCAGGGUUUAGUCAGAGACCUGGAACAGCGAAGAAGAAAGCGCAGGAAAGUAAGUGGCCCCAAUCCUCUUAGCUGUUUGAAGAAAAAGAAAAAAACACAGGAUAUGAACUCAUCUGCCUCGGAAAAGAAAAGGAAAAGAAAAAGAAUCCGAAACAGAUCUACCUCAAAAGUACUUUCUGAAAAGCAGAAUGCAGAAGGGUAA